GUCCUCCUCGAAAAAACGACCCCAUGGAUCGUAUGUGCAAUCAGUUUAUUACGACCUAAUCUUACAUUUUAAAGUGAAGCGCCCUCUUGCGCUUCUGUAAAUAUUGGUAGUGUCGUGUGUCAUGAAAUGACGUUUGAACGUCGUUACGAAAUUCAAAUACUAUUUGUUUUAUUUUUGUAUUUACACAAGAUUACUUAAUACCGAAAACUGUUUUGGAGCUAUUUUAGACCUAAACUCUUGUCAUAUACAAUUUCAAUUAUUAUUAUUAUAUUUUAAAUAAAAAUAUAAUAUUAAAAAUUUUAAAUACAUUUUAAAAUAACUUUUAACUUUUUCUAAGAAAGCACAAAAAUUGCUUAAAUGUUUAAAAGCACUGCAGAUAUUUGGUUUUUUUCACGUUACAAAUAUCACUAUAUGACCAUUGUGACGCACACACGCAAUUAAAAAAAGCGGAAGAGGAAAAAAGAGGAAGAUGAUGCAAACGAAGAAGAAGAAGGGAGUCCUGGACCAUGCCAUGCCCUGAUCGUGGUAGCUAAGGCGAGUCGUAUUUGUGGUGAUACCUUCCAUAGAGUCUUUCGAGAGUUUGCCUUCUGCAAUUUUAAGAAAGAAGAUCUGUGCCUGACGGAACCCUUUAAAUGCCCAGCAUGUACACCAGACAUGCUGACUAUAUCUGCAGAUGGUAAUAGAAAACAUUACCGGUUCAAGAAGUCCAAAGGGUAAGGUGGGGCGGCAGAAAUCAGGUUGGUGCAGGAAAUACUGUUGGUGAAGAGGUGGAACAGGUCAAUAGCUUCCUUUCAAGGGCAGCUCUUACUACAAAAUACAUGACCAAGUCAGGCAGAGCGGAUAUGAUAACCAUGCUUGCCAUUAGAUGGAACCAUAGGAAGAUGGAGAAUCUCCAUACGACACUAGCGAAAAGAUUUUUCAAAACUACACAGAGAGCAGAAAUGGAAGCAGCCAAUCUUGAGAGUCUUAAACAGGAGUUUAGCAUCUCUGUGGAAGAUGUGGAUCGGUGGGUGUGUGAUGUCAGGCACUGGGCUGCCACUGAGAAACACAGUUCUGACAGUAGCCAGGAAGAACUCCAGAGAGAAAUCGAUGAGAUUAUUUAUUCCAUACGAAGAAAGAAGCAAGAUCUGUAUCGACAAAAUGACAGCAGUCAAACAAGGCAACGCAAACGACGGAGAAUUGGUGAGCUUAAAAAGACACUCAGCGAGAAAAUUGUGCUGUACAACGCCAUUCCUGGCUGUGAAGAGAAAAUUGACACAGAAGCAGCAUGCAGUCUCUGUGAUGUCAUUCUGCCUUGGGAAGCACAAGGAGAUGUGGUGAGUCUCCGCUUGAAGAGGCGACUAUUUGAUCAAGUCAUGCUGGUCAGGCGAUUGGAGGAGGAGAAGAUCAUUAUUAUAAAAGAAAUGACUCAGCACUAUCAACAUCUAAAAAAAGUGCUGGACAAACUGGACCGCCUCCUAGGAGAGACUGAGGAAAUGAAGAUCCAUGAUUCACCCAGAGAGCUGACCAGAGAAGGGCAAAAGGGGCUAUACUGCUUUAUCUUACACAAGCGACACAUUCUGCAGCAAAAACUUGCAGCAGUCACCAGCACCUAUGCCAGUGUCAGCACUGACCCUUCUUUCUUCACUCUGGAGGAAGAUGUUGAAGAGGAGAGUGAGGACGACAACAACAGUUCAGAACUUUCUGAAGAAGAGUUUUAAAAUGUUAGCACAAACUUUGGAAGCAUUUUAUUCAGCGUCUACUCAAAAGACUCUUGAGUUUCAACUAUUAAAAAAUGAACAAAUAAAUGUCAUUCCAACCCUAA